AUGACUGACUCAAACUUUUCUAUCGUCGACGUCUACAAAAUCGCAGCAUCGAUCGGACAAGAACUAGAAGUAUUGAUCGAAAAAUGUGGUCCGGAUGCUGUUGCAGGUUUCAUGCCCAAAAUAAUCUCUUGUUUAGAACAAUUCGAGAUCGUGACCAAAAAAUAUGAAAAUCAUAACGUAGAUAUCGAAGAAUGGGCUGCACGGUUAGAACGACUACAAUCGGAAUUCGUCUUAAACCAAGAGGAACGAAUCAAACUAAACAAGCUGCAGUUGCAGUUGGAACGACUGAUCAAGGUAAACCAAGACUUGAGAAGAAAACAAGCAUUUGUCCAGAGUCAGUCAACAUCAUUGAUUGAUCAGAAAGUAGAAUUGGAAGCGCAGAUACAAACUCUACAACAAGAAAUCAAUCUACCCAAGCAGGAAGUGAACCAAAAUGAGGAGACUGUAGCUGUUACAGCAACAAAAGAAAUGAAACCAGAGAUAAAUAUGGAUGGUAAACAACUCAUUGAUCUAAAGGAUCCAAAUAGACCAAGAUUUACUAAGUCAGAACUAGUAGAGGUUCUUACACAGAGAGACAAUUGGAAAGCCAGAGUAUUUGAAUUGGAAGAGGAAUUAAAAACAUUGAAGGCUGAUGUUGAAAUUGAGAAAGACUAUGUAGUUGUAGUGGAUGGUCCUAGUGAGAGGAAGGAAGCCGUACACCAUGAAUCUGGUAUCAGAAAACUGUUUCGAUUUUUCGGGCACCAAGAGAAGAAAAAGCAGGAGGACAGGAAACCUGCAGAAAGUGAAUCAAGAAAAAAAGAUGGUGCUAAAAAAGAGUCUGAUGAAGCACACAAUGAAAUUGUACUUCAUGAUAGUGACUCCUCGUCAGAAAAUAAGGCAACUGAGAACCCGGCCGAGAAUCCAAUUGCUAAUACCACCAAUGAUUCCAAUGCUAAUGUCACUAUAAACAGUCAAACAAAGUCAGGUAAAAAACAAAAGUCAGUGACUUUGAGUGGAUUUCGAGAGCCAUUACCCAUCAUUAGUCCAGAAUAUGAAAAUGUGAUUCCUCCAAAUCCAGAUUCACUUGCAAUGGCUGACAUUCCACAUGAUUCUGAUUGGAGGAAAAAUAGGCCACAUGAUUUCCUGCAUGGAAUGAUGAAUCUAAUAGUGUAA